AUGGAAGCUGAGCUCAUUGAUCACCCAUUCAACCCUAGGUACAUUAAUGAACUCUAUGACUGUAGCUUUGAAUCCGAUUCUUCCUUCCCAACAUCAGAUUUGUUUACUCCAUGCACUACCAUUGUUGAUCAAAACUCGGGCCAUGAGUGCCUCGAAUCCCUCGAUAGAUUGCUACAAAUAGAAGCGCAGCUCAUGGACAUAGACUCGUCUAUCAUUGAAAGUGAUGCAGUCGGUGUUGGUGGUGUUGUUGAUAGUGAAUUCGCAUCGUACACAAGUGAACAAGCACAAGAGAAUGUCCAUGUUCCGGCAGAAGGCAUUUCCCUUUUGAAGGAGAUUCAGAUAGAUUUGCUGGAGGAGAGCAGCUUAACUGAACUCUUAUUCGCAGGAGCUGAAGCUGUUGAAGCAGAGAACUGGGUUCUUGCUUCAAACAUAAUCGCAAAGCUCAACACUCUUCUGCUGAAUCUGCUCGGUAGUGAAAAUGGAGACAACUCGUUUAACAAGUUGGCCAUGUUCUUCUCUCAAGGCCUUCAUUACAAGACCUGUAACUCUCCUGAAUUUCCCCACGAGCAAGCUGUUUCCAGAAGCGCAGACACAAUGUCUUCAUUUCAGAUGCUCCAAGAACUCUCUCCUUAUGUCAAGUUUGCUCAUUUCACAGCCAACCAAGCGAUUCUUGAGGCUACGCAACAGGAUGUAAUCAUACAUGUCAUUGACUUUGAAAUCAUGGAGGGUAGCCAGUGGCCUUCAUUGAUGGUCGACCUUGCAAUGAGGAAAGGUAGCCGCUGCGCUUCUCUCAGGGUAACUGCUAUCACAGUUGAUCAGCAAAGUGCCGCUCUUGCUCAACAAACCGGAAGAAGGCUUAAGGAGUUCUCAGAGACUAUAAAUUUAUCAUUUGUUUUUGAUCAGAUAAUGAUGGCCAGGGAAGAAGAUUUGACUAAAAUUGAAGUAGCUGCUGAUUCUGUAAUAGCCAACUGUAUGGUUCACCAGCUUCACAUGCCUAACAGAAGUAUCUCAUUAGUGAAGACCUUCUUGGGUGGCAUGAGAAAAUUAUCACCUAAGCUCAUUGUCCUAGUACAAGAAGAGUUAUUCAACUUUUCGAAAAUGCCAUCAAUGUUCUUUGUAGAGUUCUUCACCGAGGCUCUCCAUCACUACAAUUCGCUUUGCGACUCGCUUGUGGCUAGUUUUAGUGGUGAGUACAAAACGGGGUUAAAACAGAUAGAGAAAGAGGUUUUGGGGGUCAAGAUCUUAGAAAGUGUCAGGCAGUUCCCAUGUGAGAAGGAGGAAAGAAUGUUGUGGGAAGAGUGUUUUGCUUCUUUGAAGGGCUUCAAGUCUAUCCCUUUGAGUUCUUGUAAUGUUUCUCAAUCCAAAUACUUGGUGAGUCUAUUCAGUAGGGGAUAUUGGGUGCAGCAUGAGAAGGGCAGGUUAUCUUUGUGUUGGAAAUCAAGACCUUUGACAACUGCUUCCGUUUGGGUGCCCUUACAAAAUCAAGGCAAACUAUGUCAUCCUCCUUUACUUUGUGCGUCUAAAGUCUAA